ACCUGUUCCAUAAAUCUGCACGAACAAUACAAGCAAUCAAACACCGAUAUGUUUAGUUGUUGAAACAACUUCCUGUUUCUUUGACGACAUCUGACAGAGUAAUCCUUUUCACAGUCAACAAACACUUCAAAUAGUCAAAUAGGGUUCAAUUUUCACUGUUUACUUCAAUUAAAGCUGGAUCUAGACUUGUCCUACUUACAUUUCUUUAAUCGUUUUUUUUAAUGUUAUUGUUAAGAAAAAUCUAGAACAACACUGAUUGCGAUUAUUAGUUCGGAUUAGCCUGAUCGAUCAGAGGUGUGAAUGUGAUGUUUUGUUAAAGAUUCAUCUGGGCGCUUAGUAAAAUGGGGGAUUAUGCUGGACAUUUUAUCAAUGAAGUAUCCACAUUUUACUGAUGGGAGCAGGAGCAGUAAGAGGUCAAGGCCAGGACUCCAGGUCUAAUCUAUUUAACUUGGGCAGCACAGGCUCUACUUCAAGGUCUUCUAGCCAAGCCAACGGUGACAGCAUUUUUUCCUCAUCAACAUCCAGUUCUUCUGACAAUCAAUUAAGUCAAUCAAACUCACAAAUGAAGAUGUCAUGUGAGAUGUGUUCUGUGAAUUUCACCUUGUUCAAAAGAAAAAAAUGUUGUAUAGAAUGUCGCCGCUACUUCUGCUCAAAUUGUUUACCCAAGCCUCCGCCCAACUCUCUUGUUGGCAGGCAGUGUGACAAAUGUCGCCUGCUCAUAUCAGGCUCCUUCUCUAGGGAUGAUCUCAAGGGGUGGAAAGUGAAAUACAUGAGGUGUUUCCUCAAUACCCAAAACAUCUCAACCAAAGACUGCACUGAGAAGCAUGACUUGAUUGAGCUGAUAUUGGCACAGUUCUGUAAAAAUCCUAAUCUCACACAAGAGGAACAGGCUGAACAUGAGAUUCUUGUCAGACAAAUGGCGGCCCAUGUGAGAAAUGUCAGCUUUAUAAACGAGGGCACCCAGCAACCUGGAAACAGCGGGGAAAUCACCAACAUAACCGAGACCACACCUGCCGAGACGCUGGAGUCAGCACCAGCAGCCUCCACUGAUGCUGUGGAGGAUGCUCCUCAUCCAACCAACUCGGAGUCACACUUUGAUUUAAGCGAUGACAGGCUGAGGGAGCUGUCUGAAACCUCGGAAAGGCUUGCGGAAGCUUUCUUACGUCUCAAUAACUUAAUGCAGGAAGAGGAAACAACAACAACAAGUACGUCUAUACGACGCACACAAAUCGAUGACAUCAAAGAUAUUUCAGAGAUUGAUGAUUUAAAGAUCCGCCAGCUAAAGGAGCUGCUAGUUAACAACUUUGUGGAUUAUAAAGGUUGUUGUGAAAAGGCAGAAUUGAUAGAAAGAGUCAAAAGAUUGUGGAGGGACCAUCAAACAAACAAGUUUAUAGCUGAGCAGAUUCACAAAGAAGAGGAAACAGCAUAUUUGGGGGAAAAAUUAAAAUCCACUACAGUCAAUGAAAGCGGGGACAGUGCUAGUAAACUAUUACCACCAGCAUGUACGGACUCAGAAAGCGUCGUAACUUCUGACAACUUAGAUGCCGCUAUUGCAGACAGCACCUCAGCCCCAUUGCCAGCACCACCCAGCAGCAAACCAGCAUCAGAUGCCCCAUCAACAUCAGCAACCAAGUCGUCUGACGACAGCCUUUGCAAUAUAUGCAUGGACGCGCUAGUGGACUGUAUCCUACUGGAGUGUGGUCACAUGGUGACCUGCACACAGUGUGGCAAGAGACUGGCCGACUGCCCCAUCUGUAGGCAGUACAUUGUACGUGUUGUACGAGUGUUCCGGUCAUGACCACCAUCGUAGACAGCACUUCUCUAUUCGACCAGUGCGCUUGCACAAUUGAUGUCUUCUGUGUAAUAGAAUGCCAGCUCAAACAUUAGGUAACAAAUGUGAUUAAUUAUAUUUCUUUAUGUAAUCUACUGUUAAUUGGAGUGUAGCUAUAGUUAAAAAAGAAUAUCUUAGAAACACCUAGUGUAUUUAUCACUACAUGCUAGUUAAAAUCUCUAUUGUAACUCUUGCUUCUCUGGAGUUAAUUAUGUUGUAUUAUAAAUUGUGAUCUCUAUUACAAAUAUUACCUGCCAAAGUGGUUUAUAAAAAAAAAAGCAAGACAGAGACUUUUUUUUCCAUGUUCUAUUUAGUACUGUAGCAUUGUGAAGCUAGAUGUUAUUGGAUUACAAAUUGUGCAAGUUUUUUCAAUGUAUGUAUAUUUUUCUGUAUUAGUGUACACUAUACACAAUUAUUGAUGAAGCUUGACUUUAUAAAGAAUCUCAAUAAGACUAGGAUUGAUACAACUCCUUAGAUGAGAAAGGCAAUACUUUAAGCUUGCAAGGAACAUCACUGUCCCAUGCUGCAAGUUUAUUAGUUUAAUUUCAUGAACACAAUUUUUUAAUGUUUAACUUAUCUCAAAAACAUCAGGAAAAUAUUUGUGCACCUUUAAGUCAUUAAAGAACUUAAAACAAUACAGCAUAAACAAUUUAUACUAGUUUUACUUAUGGAAUAAAACACCUUUUAAUUCAUUGCUAAAAUAAUGUUUAAUAUUUGGAGAACAAAUGUUUAUGCUAGCCAUUGAACCUGAGUUGUAUCAACACUACAUUAUACACUGUAUGUUUUCCCAAAUCAAUUUGUUUAAAAAAAAAUUUAUUUCACAAGACAGUAUUUUUUAAUACUAUUUAGUAGAAUUAUGUGUGCAAUUUAAUUUUGUGAUAUUCAAUUUUUCUAGAGGUUACAUUCUAAAUCAUUUUGAUAAAAAAGUUUUAAAAAAGUGUUUAUAAAUUGGCUUGCAUUUUACUUACAACUUAAAAAAUUAAACUAUACUACUUCAAACAUUAAAUUAAUUGAAACUUCAAAUUAGUUUGUUGCAUCAAAUUUUUUUUUUACAGUAAAGACAAUUUUUGUCUGUUGUAUUCACUACCAAAUAAAAUGAAGUAUUAGUUGAAACUAUUUGAAUUGUAUACAAAAUAAUUAGAAGUCCAUUUAGAAUUACAAUUGAAAAAAAAAGACUCCUGUGAGUGUGAUGGCACGCAAGCCAUAUCUUCAAUAAUCAAUGAGAGGAAAAAUUUUCUCCUUCCGUUAUGCUUGUAUAUAACAUUACUGUAACUUCAACUUAGUCCAUUGUUACUUUUAUAUUCUUUGUUGUGAUAUUUUAAAAAAAAUACUUUUGUGUUAAAUCUUGAUAAUUUAUAAUGCCAACUUGACUUAGGUACUGACUCAUUGAUGCUAACUAAUGUAGAGGUUAGUCAUUAAAGUUUUUAUGCCCUUACUACGACAAAGCAACAUAAUUUUUCUGAUAAAAAUAUAACUUUUAGUUAACUUUCUAAUUAGUUAUAAAAUUAGAGCAUAUGAUAUUUUAAUUAGUAGAAAACCAAAGUAUUUUUAUUUAAGAAUGUAUAGAUUUUUUUGUAAAAAAUUUUAUAUUGACUAGCAAAGUAUAGGGAAAAGUUGGUUAACGGUGCUUGUUAUCAAGUAAUAAGUAGUAAUAAUUCAACAAGCCAGAAAGCAUAUGCAAUCUUAUUUAGAACUAAUUCUACUGGUUAUUAAAAAAAACAUGAUUAUUAAAAAAAAUGGUUGUGUAUGCAGUGAUGACUUUAUGUAUAAGUGUUGUGUUUUGUUUGAAAGGUUUGUAUUAUGAGUGAUUUUGAGGAGAGUUGAACGCAACAUUUUUUAGUAUUAGCACAUUGUUACUGAAGGAAAUAUUCUUAUGCAAAAAAUAUGUGUCACUAUUGACAAAACUUUUCAUCUAUGAAUGAUAUGUGACACUAAUGACAAAAUAUGUGUCUCUAAUGGCAAAACAUGUCACUAAUGUCGUGAUGUGCGUCAGUAAUAAUAAAACAUGUGUCACUAAUGACAUGAUGUGUGUCACAAAUGACAAGAUGUGUGUCACUAAUGAAAAAAAAUGUGUCAUUAAUGACAAAACAUUGUCACAAUAAAGUUUCGAGGUGAGACUGGUCAGUGACUGCCUUGUGGCAUCGGUGUGACCACCAGAUGAUGUCAUGUUGACCAUUAGAUGAUGUCAUGGUGAAUGACAGUGUUAUGUCGCAGUGACCAUCCCGUGAUGUCACAUUGACCACCAACCCCCCUCCCCCGUGAUGUCAUAUUGACCAUCCCAUGAUGUCACAGUGACCAUCCCGUGAUGUCACAGUGACCACAGUGACCAUCCCGUGAUGCCACAUUGACCAUCCCGUGAUGCCACAUUGACCAUCCCGUGAUGUCACAUUGACCAUCCCGUGAUGCCACAUUGACCAUCCCGUGAUGUCACAUUGACCAUCCCGUGAUGCCACAUUGACCAUCCCGUGAUGUCACAUUGACCAUCCCGUGAUGCCACAUUGACCAUCCCGUGAUGUCACAUUGACCAUCCCGUGAUGUCACAGUGACCAUCCCGUGAUGUCACAUUGACCAUCCCGUGAUGUCACAUUGACCAUCCCGUGAUGUCACAGUGACCAUCCCGUGAUGUCACAUUGACCACAGUGACCAUCCCGUGAUGUCACAUUGACCAUCCCGUGAUGUCACAUUGACCACAUUGACCAUCUGGAGAUGUCACAUUGACCAUCCUUUGAUGUCACCAUUAGUCAGUGCAACCCACCAUGACAAGGGUACCUAACCCUGACACUAUUGUUUUCUUGUUUCUCUACCUAUCUGCUUGUCUAGUUGUGCCUGUAACAGAUGUCAGCUUUACUUCUAGUGAAACAACCCAGCCCAUGUUGUACCACAAAUUAACCCACACCUUUAUAUCAGAACCCAAACUAAACAUUUCUUAUGUACGGAAAUACUGCCAUACCAGAAAUUGAAAACUUAAAAAAAAAAUAUUUGGUGUUAAUUAUCUACCACACAAGUGCUGUAAUUUUAACUUCAUUUAUUGCUACUGGCUGUAGAUAAUGUUAUAGCACUCUUAGAGAUAACCUCCAUUACAUAUCAGUAUAAAUAAAGAGUAUAAAUAAUGAAUAUUAAAGAUGUUCCAUCAUACUUUACAUAACCACCAGGCAAGGUUUAUCUUUUGCUAAAUAAAAGGAAACUGUUGGUUGAUGGUAGUCAUACGGGCCCAUAUGUUGAUGUAUAUGUAACUUAUCCUUUACCAAUUCUAUAGGUACUGAUAAUUUUUAAAUUAAUCAAACCCACUGUUUUUUGUUUUUUUUUGAAGAUUAUAAACAUGUUUAUUCAGAAAAUCUUACUAAAUUAUUUUUUUACAUGUUGAAUGUUAGCAUUAUGUUUUGUAUGCUAAAGCUCAAAAACAAAUAUAUGCUUUUUUGUUCCUAUUGGCGAAAAUAAGAGAUGAAAACUUAGUGUUUAAUUUUAGUAAUGAAUUGUAAGGUUUAGUGUAAAUAAUCCACUGUUCUGCUGUUCAGUUUGAACAGUUAAGAUUAAAUAUCUUAACAUCUUAGUCAUGACAAACCACAGCUUAGUCCUUUGUGAUUAGUGAGUAUGUUUUAAAAUUUUAAAAUAUACUUGCAUUUUGUAUAUCAAAAUUUCACUCAUUUGUGUAAAGCUUUUUAUGUUUUAAUAACUUUGAUGUACUUGUUUAUUUGUUUAAAUGUCCAUUUUGUUUUUUCUUAGUUCUUUGGAUUGUUGUAGCCUCAACAAUUGGUUGUUUUUAAUCACUUCUAAAAAGAAUUUGUGAAUGAAGAGAUUUUUUUUUACUGGUCAGCUAUACACAGAUACAUAGUUUUUUAUGUGUAGAUUGUCACUGCCUGUGAAGCAGUAAAAAUAAUGACUUGGUCACUUAGUGAAACAAAACAUUUUUAUUUAUUCUGUUUUUCUCCCUACAUGCCAGAUUGUAUAAAUCAAUUUGAAUUGACUCGCAUCAUUAUGACUAAAAAAAUUUUAAAGUGUCUCUAAUUCAUUAGCAAUACUAUGCAAUACAUCUCAAUGAUAACAGACUGGUCCUAAUUCUACCCUGAUCUCAUAAUGUCAGCCCAGUUAUCAAAGUAGUUUUACUAAAACAAUCCUUGUUUAAACUCCAGUAGAAUUAGAUUAACACUGAAAAACUUGAAUGUUGAUUCAAACUUUCUAAACAUUCCCCAUUGAUUUUUUUUUAUGUCACAUAAAAUUAAAACCUAAAACAGACACUGUAAUUUACUUUGAACUGUUGUGUAACCAUUAGCCACCAUCAGUUUAAAAUGUAUGAUAAUACACAACAUAUUUACAUUGAAUUUGUCAUAUUUCAAUACAUUCAAUUAAAAAUAUGAAAACAGACACCUUGUUUUACAUCGGAUUGUUAUGUUAAACACUAGCCAUAUUCAUUCAAAAAGUAUGAUAUCAGACUUAAGAAAUAUAUUUUACUUACAGUAUUUCUAAUAUUUUCUCAACGUAUCUGAUAUCAGACUUAAGAAAUAUAUUUUACUUGCAGUAUUUCUCAUGUUAUCUCAACAUAUUCCUUGUCUAGCUCCACAGACAGGCACAAUUAAUUCUGCAAUUUGUUUCGUUAAUUGUAUCCACUAAAAUUUGUUAACUGUCUAUGAAAUCUAUAUCAAUUUACUACUGAUGUUGUGAAUUUUUUUUCUUUAUUUCAGAGUAUUUCUUUUUUAUAACCUACAUUUUUUAUUCACAGAUUACCUUACUUUUUUUUUUCUUUUCUUUCUAAUUGAUGAUGUUAAAAAAAUAGCAACCUGUUAUAUAAGUUUAAUUUUACUGAAUCAUUUACAUCCCUAAAAACUGGGUGAUUAAUUCCUUCGUUUAUUUCAUGAAUUACCAUUGAAGGGUUUUUGAUUGUGAAGCGACUGCAAUAUUUUUUGUUUAUCAUUAGAUGUUUGUUUCUCUAUUAAAAUGCUCAAUUUCUUCAAGCUGCUUGC